CCUCUGAGUGUGUUUAUUUUAGAGGCUUUAGAUCCAGGAGAAGGAAGAAGGAGAGAGCAGAGAGAGCUGAUGGAGUCUGAGCAGCUUCCAGCUGCAUGGUCUCUACCCGGUGAGGGAGCGGAGGUGGGCGGGGCCUCUCUUCCAUUACUGGGUGUGUCUGAAGACCUGGGAGGCGGUCCUUUAAUCCCCAUGACACAACAUGGCAAGGAUGAGCCGUGGUCAUAUGACAGCUCUGCUUCCUCCUCCGAGGAGAGCGACGAUGAUGAUUCAAGGAAGAAGAAGAAGAAGAAGAAACUUAGAAAAAAGAAGAGCAAGAGAUCGAGCUCAUCAUCAUCGUCUUCCUCCAGUUCCUCGACAGACAGUGACAGCAGUGAGGAUGAGAAGAAGAAGAAGAAGAGCAGGAGGAAGAAAAGGAAACAGAAUGCUGUGACUACAGCGAUACCUGAGACAGGCCUCGUGCUGGAAAUUGUGUUAACGCCACUGAAAGAGCAAAACGACGAGCGACAGAUGAAGAAAGCAAAAAAAGACAGCGCUAGAAAGAAGAAAAGAAAGAAGAAAGACAAGAAGAAGCGGAAGCAGAAGAAAAAGAAGAAGAAGAACAAAAAGAAGAAAAAGAAAAAGAAGGAUUCCAGCUCGUCUUCCUCUUCCGACAGCUCGUCAUCGGAUAGUGAAGAUGAGGACAAGAAGAAAAAGAAGAAGAAGAAAAAGAAGAAGAAGAAAAAGAAGAAGAAGAAGGACUCAUCAUCUGACAGCUCCAGCGAUGAUGAAAAGAAGAAGAAGAAGAAAAAGAAGAAAGACAAGAAAAGAAAGAAGAAGAAAAAGAAGCUGAAGAAAAAGAAGAAUUACUCAAGCUCCAGCUGCAGUUCUUCCUCAUGCGAGAGUGACGAAGAGAAAUCGAGCCAGAGAUUAAAGAAACAGGAAUCAGGAAAAUGGUCACCGUGGGGUGAUGACGCUGCCAGAAACGAGGGGUUAAGGUCAGGAGUGACAGCUGAUGAUUGGUCAGCAGCUUCCCCAGGUUCACCAGCAUUCCCUGCAGUCUGUGAGGCUGAGAGGACUGAUAGGAGAUGUGACGAUGGUGAAAGAGGAGAAGAAGAAAUGAAAGAGAAGCUGAAGAAAAAGAAAACGGUUCUGUUUAUUAGCCAAGAUCCUGCUUCAUCUUCAGAAUCAUCCUCUUCCUGUUUGGAAAGUUCCUCGUCAGACAGUGAGGAUGACAAAAAGAAGAAGAAGAAGAAAAAGAAGAAAAAGAAGAAGAAAAAGAAGAAGAAGAAGGACUCGAGCUCAUCUUCAUCUUCAUCAGAUAGCGAGGAUGACAAGAAGAAAAAGAAGAAGAAGAAGAAAAAGAAGAAGAAGAAAAAGAAGAAGGGGAAAAAGAAGGACUCGAGCUCGUCCUCGUCCUCAUCGGACUCUUCCUCUUCAGAUAGCGAGGAUGAAAAGAAAAAGAAGAAGAAAAGAAAGAAGAAGAACAAGAAGAAAAACGCCAGCAGCUCUUCAUCUUCAUCUGACAGUGAGGAGGAACGGACGAGGGUGAAGAUGAAAAAAAGAGGAAAGAAGAAAAAGGGCAAAUCCAAGAAGACGAAGAAGAAGGGUUCCAGCUCUCCAACUCACAUCGAUGACGAAAAUAAAAAGAAGAAGGAGGACUUGAAGGAUGAAGUGAAGGAAGAACCUCAGGAUGAAGGGAGCGAAGCAGUGGGAGGAGGAGAGGACGGAGAGAGAUACGACACAUUCCCAGACGAUCCCACGCGUGGCGUCUUUACUGAGGGGGCGGAGUCUCAGGGCGAGGGCUCCAGUGUCACCUGGGGGGGCGGGGCUUUAGGCUACAGAUCUCACCUGGACACCGGGAGGAACGGCGACGGCUCACAAUAUCAGAUGUUUAACGAGAACGAAAUAUGAUUGAUUUUUAAAAAAAAAAAAAAAAAAAAACAUUUUGCUUUUUGUAAAAAUCACUCUGAUUUUUUUCUUGCACUCUAAAGAUUCGAGUUUACAUUUGAAUCACGAGAUUCAGCACUUGUUUUACUUUGCACACGAAGUCAUGUGCAGAUUUUCAGGAACAUCAUCAGGGCUUUUUUGUUAGGAACAAGGUUAGAUUCUUUAUCUCAGAGAUAAUUGAAGAGAUUUUUGAUUUGUGUUUUGUGAUUUGUUUUUGUUUUUUUGCUUUAUGGAGCAUGAAAUUAUUACUUUUUUAGCUUAAGUUUUAGUUUUAGAUACUAGUUCAGAUUUUUAGAUUUGAUCAAAUGAGCACAAAAAGGGCUAAAAUGACUGAAUAAGGACAAAUUGGAGCUGAAAAAAUGGAAAUGCUUGGUGGUUGUAAGGACACUCGCUUUAUCAUACAAAUCAUUUUAUCUCAGUUAUUUUAUCAGUGAUGAUACUAACUCUGGAUAUUUCUUGAGAAAAUGCUAUAAAUGUUUUUUUUUUUAUUUCAAAUACCAUUUUAAUGACAUUUCAGUUAAUAAAACAGUGAGAGGGAGUGAAAUAAAACCUUAAAACUGCAUCUUAAAAAUGAAUCUAAAUUUUUAUCUAGAAGAAUCCGGUCACUUGUUACACUCUGAAACUUUUGCAUUGACUGAAGUAGAGAUUAUGAAGAAAAAUGAUACACUUUUGUGACAAUUAUUUACAAUAAACAACAAAAAAUAACAUUUUCUUUUGACUCACCCUCGUAUUAAUCAGUUGGUAUAAAAUGAAACUCAGAAUCUUUUUUUUUUUCUUUUUAAUAGAAAGAUGAUUUCAGGCUGUUUAGGAUUGAUGACACAGCAGCACUUACAGGAUGAAGAGUAAUGCACGGACACAAGUUACCUUAAUGUCAAUUUUACAAAAUUUUUCAAAAUAAAAAAUGAACAAUAUGAUGUUUGUGUAAUGAUCUUAAUUAUGCUCAAAAAAGAUUUACUUUUUUAUCAUUACAAUUUGGCAAGCGUUUACUAUUACGUAAACAAUUGCAUUUUUUUUUAUUUGUUAAAGAACGACACGUCAUAGUUUUUAUGAGUUUACAGUUACAUUUAAUGUUCUGCGAAAUGAGUUAGUUCCUGUUCUCACUUAUGUUACAGCAGCUAUAAACAGUUGUUCCCUCA